AUGGAAGGGGAGGGGAGGACGGGGAUGAAGAGGAGAGGAGAGGGAGAGGGAGAGGGAGAGGGAGAGGGAGAGGGAGAGGGAGAGGGAGAGGGAGAGGGAGAGGGAGAGGGAGAGGGAGAGGGAGAGGGAGAGGGAGAGGGACUUGGACUUGGACUGGACUGGACAGGUGAAAUGGGAGAGCUUGUGUGGGGAGUAGAGCGGGGUGGCGGAGGUGUGUGUAUGGAUAUGGAUAUGGAUGGGUAG